ACCCCACUUCUUCUCACCAACAACAUUUCCUUAUCCAGAGAGAGAAACCAACCAGAAUGGAAAACCCCAUUCUCAAAACCCUCCAAUACUGGCUAGUCUACCAUCCAAAAAUCCUAAACUUCACAUGGAACCCUCCUCAAACCCCAGCCUCAUCCCCACUAUUCCUCUUUCUCUCCAUAGCCACUUAUCUCUCCCUCACUUUCCUUCUUCUCUUCCCUCUCCCACCUUUCCCACCUCACUUCCUCAAACCCUUCACAGCACUUCAUAACCUCACUCUCUCCAUCCUCUCCCUCACUAUGGCUAUUGGCACCUCCCUCACCAUCUUAACUCACACCCCCAAUCUCCACUCCACCAUCUGUUUCCCUAUUCACACCCCUCCAACUGGGCCACUCUUCUUUUGGGCUUACAUCUUCUACCUCUCUAAAUUCCUUGAAUUCAUAGACACUCUUUUCAUCAUCCUCUCUAGAUCAAUCAAACGUCUCUCCUUCCUCCACGUGUACCAUCAUUCCACUGUUCCAAUCAUGUGCUAUCUAUGGCUCAAUUCUUCUCAGUCAUUAUUCCCAAUCGCUCUUCUAACUAACUCAUCCGUCCACGUCAUCAUGUACUCUUACUAUUUUCUCACGGCAGUCGGAAUUCGACCGCCGUGGAAACGCGCCGUCACGGAUUGCCAGAUUGUUCAGUUUGUUUUCAGCUUCGCUGUCUCCGGUGUCAUGCUUUAUUACCACUUUGGAUCCGGUGGUGGUGGUGGUGGAUGCUCUGGGAUGAAGGCUUGGUGCUUCAAUGCUGUUUUUAAUGCUUCUCUUUUGGUUCUUUUUCUUGAUUUUCAUCUCAAGAGUUAUGCUAAUUCUAAGAAGAAACGUACUUAAUUGAUUAAUUAAUUGUUUGAUUGUGUUUUGUUUCUUUUGCUUUCAAUGGAUUUUGAGUUGAUCCGGUGACAUUGGUUUGGGACCUGGAGUGUGCCCAAGUUCGAUUCUAUCUGUUGUCAAUUUGUAUUAACUAAUUUAACUUCUUCAAAGAAAAAUAAAAGAAUUUGGAUUUAAAGCACA